AACAUUCCCUUCACUGUGCGUGGAUGUGUGUGUGUUGGUUGUUUGGUUGUGUGUGUGUAUGUGUGUGUGAUCCGCCUCCCUUCGUGUUGAUGUCGACUGGCCACCGACGCUCGCGGUGAAUAGACCGGUUAAGGAUAAACAAACUACCCCCGUGGAACCGUACCGCGCCGCCCCGUUAGGUCCGAGCUCCCGUAGUGUGGCAACGAUGAGCCAGCCUCGGCAGGACGAGUUCAAGCCUCCACCAGAGUGUCCGGUCUUCGAGCCUAGUUGGGAAGAAUUUCGAGACCCUUACGCUUUUAUCAACAAGAUCCGACCCAUCGCCGAGAAAACGGGCAUUUGUAAAGUCCGACCACCCCCGGACUGGCAGCCUCCAUUUGCCUGUGAUGUUGACAAGCUUCACUUUGUUCCUCGAAUCCAAAGACUCAAUGAACUGGAGGCACAGACCAGAGUUAAACUCAACUUUUUGGACCAGAUUGCCAAGUUUUGGGAUCUGCAAGGAUGCACCCUGAAAAUUCCUCAUGUGGAGAGAAAGAUUCUGGACUUAUAUAAGCUAAAUAAGCUGGUGGCAGAUGAGGGUGGAUUCGACCUCGUCUGCCAGGACAGGCGAUGGACCAAGAUUGCUAUACAGAUGGGUUUCACCCCUGGUAAAGCUAUUGGCUCGCACCUGCGAGGGCAUUACGAGAGAAUCCUCUAUCCCUACAAUCUGUUCCAGAGUGGAGCUAACCUGCUGGCACCAGAUCCAGCUUCCAAACUGAUGGGUUUGGAGGCUGAUCCUGACCCUGAAAAGUGUGUUCAGAAGCCCUUCCUGCUGACAGAACACGAGGACAAGGAUCACCAGCAGCUGGAUCAGGUUCUGAAGAAGCUGGAUCAGGUUCUGAAACAGCCGGACCAGACCCACCAGCAGCUGGAUCGGGUUCUGAAGCAGCCGGACCAGACCCACCAGCAGCUGGAUCAGGUUCUGAAGCAGCCAGACCAGACCCACCAGCAGCUGGAUCAGGUUCUGAAGCAGCCAGACCAGACCCAGCUGGAUCAGGUUCUGAAGCAGCCAGACCAGACCCACCAGCAGCUGGAUCAGGUUCUGAAACAGCCUGCUCCAUCACCUGACCUUUGCCCCGGUGCUCGCAGAGCUAAGCGAAUGAAGUGUGAGGCCACCUGUGUCAAGAUAGAACCAGGUGAGGCAAGUGAGAACAAGCCAAAUCUGCGGAGGAGGAUGGGCUCUUUCGUUGCCAAGCUAGAACCAGAAAAACAGAUUCCCGUUCCAGUGAAACAGGAACCAGUUGAAUUCAAGCAACCGGUUGAAGUUGAUAAAUUUAAAUCACGUUACAAGAAGAUGAUCCCUCUGGUUCCUCCCAGUCCAGUGGAUCUGGUGGUGUGUCUGGUGUGUGGCAGCGGGGGAGACGAGGACCGUCUGUUACUGUGUGACGGCUGUGAUGACAGCUACCACACUUUCUGUCUGAUCCCUCCUCUGCACGACGUCCCUAAAGGAGACUGGAGGUGCCCCAGGUGUUUGGCCCAGGAAUGCUGCAAACCUCAUGAGGCGUUCGGGUUUGAACAGGCACACAGGGACUAUUCCUUGCGUGCAUUUGGGCAAAUGGCAGAUGCUUUCAAAUCCGAUUACUUCAACAUGCCAGUUCAUAUGGUACCCAUGGAGCUGGUGGAGAAAGAGUUCUGGCGUUUGGUUGGAGCCAUUGAGGAGGAUGUAACAGUCGAGUACGGCGCUGACAUCGCAUCCAAGGAGUUUGGAAGUGGAUUUCCAAUUCCCAAUGGGAAAUUUAAGGUCUCCCCAGCAGAUGAGAAAUACCUGAAUUGUGGCUGGAACCUGAACAACCUGGCGAUGAUGAACCCGUCUGUUCUGACUCAUGUAACAGCUGACAUCUGUGGGAUGACGCUGCCGUGGCUCUACGUCGGCAUGUGCUUCUCCUCCUUCUGCUGGCACAUUGAGGAUCACUGGAGCUACUCCAUCAACUACCUGCACUGGGGGGAACCCAAAACCUGGUAUGGAGCCCCUGGUUUUGCCGCGGAGCAGUUGGAGGAAGUGAUGAAGAAACUGGCCCCAGAGCUGUUUGAUUCUCAGCCUGACCUGCUGCACCAGCUGGUCACCAUCAUGAACCCAAACACCCUGAUGGCUCACGGAGUCCCAAUUUACAGAACAAACCAGUGUGCUGGGGAGUUUGUCAUCACGUUUCCCAGAGCUUAUCACAGCGGCUUUAAUCAGGGCUUUAACUUCGCUGAGGCAGUCAACUUUUGUACUGUGGACUGGAUGCCUCUUGGCCGGCAGUGUGUGGACCACUACCGCCUGCUGCACCGGUACAACGUGUUCUCCCACGACGAGAUGGUGUGCAACAUGGCCAGAAAAGCAGGAACGCUCAGCGUUGUCCUGGCCUCCGCUGUCCACAAGGACAUGCGGCUCAUGAUCAAAGAAGAACAGGAACUAAGAGACAAAGUCAAGAAAAUGGGGGUUCUGCAGUGCACAGAGGCAACAUACGAUCACCUCCAGGAUGACGAGAGGCAGUGUGCCAAGUGCAGGACCACUUGCUACCUCUCUGCCCUCACCUGUCCCUGCAGCCCAGGUGUCCUCGUCUGUCUGUACCACAUCAGAGACCUCUGCUCCUGCCCCGUCUCCAACUACUCAAUGAAUUACAGAUACACCAUGGAUGACCUGUUCCCCAUGAUGAAUGCUGUGAAGCAGCGAGCAGAGAUGUACGAUGAGUGGGCCUCCCGUGUGACUGAGACUCUGGAGGCUAAACUGGAGAAGAAGAAAGGCCUGCCGGUCUUUCGUUCCCUUCUGUCUGAGUCAGAGUCUAAGCUGUUCCCCGACAACGACUUGCUGCGGAGGCUGCGUCUGGUUACACAAGAUGCAGAGAAGUGUGCCUCGGUGGCACAGCAGCUGUUAAACGGCAAGAAGCAGACCAGGUACCGAUGUGGGAGUGGGAAGUCCCGCAGCCAGCUGACGGUGGAGGAGCUCAGCUCAUUUGUGAGGCAGCUGUAUAAUCUGUGCUGCAGCCUUCCACAGGCUCCGAUGCUGAAGGAACUGUUGAAUCGCAUUGAAGACUUCCAGCAGCACAGCGAGAAGGUUCUGGCAGAGGAAGCUCCUAAUGUUUCUGAGAUCCAGAGCCUGUUGGACGUCAGUUUUGACUUUGACGUGGACCUUCCAGAGUUGCCACGACUAAGAGAGAGGCUGGAACAAGCACGGUGGCUGGAUGGGGUGCAGCAGGCCAGCGCCCAGCCUGCCACCCUCACGCUGGAGACCAUGAGGAGGCUCAUCGACCAGGGAGUCGGUUUGGCACCUCAUCCCUCUGUGGAGAAAGCCAUGGCUCGCCUUCAAGAGCAGCUCACUUUGUCUGAGCAGUGGGAGGAGAAGGCGAGCAGCCUGCUGAAGGCCAGACCUCCACACUCCAUAGAGACCCUCAAUGCUGCAGCUGAGAAGGCAUCAGGAAUCCCUGCUUACCUCCCAAACUGUCUUCUCCUCAAAGACACCAUCAGCAGAGCCCGUGCGUGGCUUCAAGAAGCUGAGGAGCUUCAGGCCAGCGGCUGUAUGCUGAUGGUGGAUCGCCUUUCUGACAUGGUGCUAAGAGGACAAGCCAUUCAGGUCCAGCUGGAGCCUUUAGACGGGCUGGAGUCUUUAAUGGCUGAUGUGCAGCAGUGGAAGGAGUCUGCAGCAUCGACCUUCCUUCAAAAGGAUUCCACGCUGACCUUACUAGAGGUCUUGUGUCCAAGAUUUGAAGCUGGAAAUGCGGGUUCUCCAAAGAGGAAGGUCAAGAAAGGGAAGGAAUCCACCAAAAGCACCAAGAAGAAGUCUGCACGAGUCAGCAGUGUCAGCGACGUGGACAAAGCUCUCUCAGAGACCACGGAUGCUACCGCUGCUAUGUCCACGCUGGAGGAGCUGCGUGUCAGAGAGAUGGAAAUGUUCUCUAAUCUCAGGGUAGCAAACGAGUCAAAGCUUCUUCCCACCGCUGACUGCAUGGAUCUGAAGGUGUGUUUCUGUCAGAAGGCGCCCAUGGGUGCGAUGCUGCAGUGUGAACUCUGCAGGGAUGCUUUCCACAGCGUGUGUGUCAGAGACCCAUCAGACUCCUGCGAAGCACAGCCGUGGCUCUGUCCGCACUGCCGGCGAUCAGAAAGGCCCCCGCUAAGCAAAGUCCUCUCCCUGUUAGCCUCUCUGCAGAGCACAGGGGUGCGCCUGCCGCAGGGCGAUGCCCUGAACUACCUUAUUGAGAGGACACUGAACUGGCAGCGCCGAGCACAGCAGAUUUUACAGGCGUGUGACUUACCAGAUCUAGAGGAGAGACCAGGGACCCCUCCCACACUGACACACUGGGUGUCGGGCUGCGACAACGUUCACACCAACUCUCAGGCUCCAUGUUUGACUCCUGAGUGGAACAGGUCAAGCCAUGCUCAGACGGUCUUCUACACAGAGCAGAGGUGCAUCCCUCUGCAGGGGCUGAGCAGUGAACUGGAGGAGCUGAUGGUGGAGGGGCUCCUGCUGCAGGUGUCCCUGCCACAAGUCCAAAGCCUCUACCAUGUCCUAUUGGACAGAGCCAGUAGCCAGCACACCAACAGACCCACCUCGCCGUCGCAGGGGGAGUCCACAGCGUGUGACCAGCACAUGCAGUCAGUCUCUCAGGGAACAAACAUACCACUGAACCAGGAUGACACCAGCAGCACGAGGGAAACCAUGACAACCUCAGAACGAAAAGCAAAGAGGCGUUUGGAGAGAGAAGGUCUGGACACGGAGCACAGGGGCAAGGACAAGAAACGCUCACACAAAAGACAAAGGAUGAAUAAAAAGAAGACGCAGCGCAGGCCGACCUCUACGUCAUCCUCUCCUCGCUCUGACUUCUCCCAGUCGGACUCUGACGAGGACAUGGCCAUGUGUCCAGCAGAGAGCUGUCAGCUCCCAGAGGGCGAUGAGGUGGACUGGGUUCAGUGUGACGGCAGCUGCAACCAGUGGUUCCAUCAGGUGUGUGCGGGUGUGACGCCAGAGAUGGCUGAGAAGGAGGACUACAUCUGUGUCUCCUGUUCGCUGAAGGAUGGACACACGAGGAAAUGAAGAGCGUGUCACCAGUCCGUUACUGGAGCCUGAAAUAUGGAUGUGUCACUACCCCCUCCCACCCCCACCUGUCCAACCCUUUUGUAACAGUGGUGCUAUCUCCUCUUUGACUUGUUGUCCAGAACUAUAAUGUUUAGGGGGGUUUGUAUUUUUACAUAUAUAUUAUAUAUAUUUCUUUCUUGUUUGUGGUUGUCUAAAUGGAGAGAAAAACCAGGACGUGAAGUGUGCUGCAUGGGACUUGAUUUGGUCAGCACAAAGGAGUCUUACACCACCACACCCCAAAAACAGAGUUCAUUAAAACUUAACUUCUUUGGAGCCUCUUUGCAUGUUUAAGCAGAGCUAUUGGGACAGAAGCUGAGGUCAUCACCUCCUUAAACCCCUCAGACGUUACUAUGACUUUAGUUUUUUUUAACCCCGUGUUUAGAACAUGCAUCCUAAUAUUAUUAUGCCCCUUUUUGGUUUUGUUUUGUUUUUGUAGAGUAGUUUUAUUUAUCUGAGCAAUAAUUUUUUGUCUGAACUGAAUCUUAUGGCUUAGCGAUGGCGAUGUGGCGUACAGAAAGUUACGCAGAAGGAUGACUCAGCUGUGGAGACGUGCGGCGGCAGGCUGAAGGAAAAACACGCUGCUGACGCGCCGUUCUGUGACCCAGCUGAUGACACAGACAGGACAUGAGGAAAAAGUAAAGAUGUUACGAGUUUUUAUUGUGGAAUAAAACCCCUUUUCUUCUAUAGAGACUUCUUCUCAUUUAAUUUAGAACAAAGAAAGCUCCAGAUGUCUCCAUGUAGUCGAUUUAUUAACUCUUAAUUAUAUUUUAAAUGAUCCAGACCUUACAUCACAACCUUUGUGUCCCUGUGGGUUACCACAGCUGCAUCUCAUGUAUGUGGGGGUAGAAUUAAUGUCACAGUAAUUAUAAUUAGAAAUUAAUCCUUCAUAGUCCCUUAGAUAUAUGAGUCACACAAUUAUAGCCAGACGAUAUGUUAGUUCUCUGAUAUUUAAAACAACUUAAAUUAGAUUACAAACACUUGUAAGGCCCUGCAGCAGAAUGACACCCUCCUUUUAAAUUCCGAUUAGUGAUUUAAUAUUAGCUGGAAUCCUUAAAUGUACAAACCAGAAACAAUGCGUCUCCACUCAGACGACACAAAGGAGUUUUAAAGGCUGCUGUCCAAUGCUGGUAAAAAAUUUUUAGUCAUAAAUUUGGUGAAGUUGGUUCGUAAAGACACAGAAGAAUUUGUUCAUGUGAUUUCAAAAUAAAGGUUCAAAUGAUUUAAAUUGGA